AUGGGAAGCUCUGCCCUCGGGGCUUUCCUUCAAGUUGUAUUUGAUAGGAUGGCUACAAAAGAGUUUUUGAAUCUAUUUCGGGGAAGAGAGAAUGACGGAGAACUCCUCGAGAAACUCAAACUGAACUUACAAAUAGUUGGAGAUGUGCUUGAUGAUGCAGAGAACAAGCAAACAAGCAGCCUAGCUGUCAAAGGAUGGCUAAAUAAGCUUCAUGACACUAUCUACGAGGCAGAUGACUUGCUUGAUGAGAUCAACACUGAGGAACUACGACUGAAGGUUGAAGCUAAAUGCAAUAACUCGACCAGUCAGGUAAGUGCUUUGAAUUACAGCUCAUCUUUCAGUAAUGAUUUCCUUGGGAAGAUGAUGCCACAGAUAGAAAAAAUGGUUGCUAGAUUGGAUUGGUUCAUACAACAAAUUAACCCUAUGGGCUUGCAAGUUGUUGAACCAAAAAUGCAAUCGCGUCGAACGCCUUCAACUUCUUUGGUUGAUGAGGCCAGAGUGUAUGGUAGAGAUGCUGAUAAAGAGAAGAUAAUUAAAAUGUUGCUAUGUGAGAGUGCAAAUGGAGUCAAUUUCACUGUGAUUUCUGUAGUGGGUCUUGGGGGAAUUGGUAAGACCACUCUUGCUCAAUUGAUUUACAAAGAUAAGAGGGUGCAAAAUCACUUUCCUACAAAAGCAUCGGUUUGCAUAUCAGAAGAUUAUGAUGCUGCCAGGAUAACGAAAGAACUCCUUGAAGGGCUUGAUAUUCCACUUUCUGAUGCGAGGGAGAAUUUGAAUUCCCUUCAAGUGAAGCUACAAAUGGGGCUAAAUGACAAAAAGUUUCUUGUUGUUUUAGAUGACUACUGGAAUCGGGACUACAACGAGUGGGAUAGAUUCAAGGUGCUAUUCACAGGUGCAAUGCAAGGAACUAAGAUCAUUGUAACUACACGUGAUGAGAAAAUUGCAUUAAUGAUGUGUAAAAAAGAGUCAAUUUAUUCCUUGGAUUUGAUAGCAGAGGAAGAUUGUUGGUCCUUAUUUGAAAAGCAUGCCUUUGAAAAUAAAGAUGGAGAUCACGGUCCAGAACUUGAAGAUAUAGGAAAGAAAAUUGUGAAGAAGUGUGCAAGGUUGCCUUUGGCUGUGAAAACAGUUGCAGGUCUCUUGCGUUCAAAAACAACGGCUGAAGAGUGGGAAGAUAUUUUAGUAAGUGAAGUAUGGACUCAAACAGACAAUGAAGAUGACAUCUUGCCAGCGUUGAGAUUGAGCUAUAGUCAUCUUCCAUCUCGUCUUAAAAGGUGCUUUGCCUGUUGUGCUGUAUUUCAUAAGGAUUUCGAAUUUAGAAAAGAGGAAAUAAUUCAUUUAUGGCAAGCUAAUGACCUUUUGGAGCCUCCAGGAGAAAACAGGGGAAUUGAACAAAUCGGUGAAGAGUACUUACGUGAGUUGAGGCUGAGGUCCUUACUUGAGCAGUCAACUGACGAUUGUAAGACACUUGCAAAGUUGCCGGUAAGUUUGGUGAAGUUAAUUAACUUGUCUUGCCUGGAUAUCAGUGGAACUCCAUUGAAAAAAAUGCCACUGUACACGGGUAGACUGAGAAACCUUCGAGUUUUGACUAAUUUUAUAGUAGGCAAGGACAGCGGUUCAAUGAUUGAGGAGUUGGGCAAACUUCCUAAGCUUCGUGGUAGGCUCAUCAUUUCAAAGCUGGAAAAUGUUUCCAAUGGUGGAGAUGCAUCGACGGCGAAUCUAAAGGGCAAGGAACACCUUGAAGAGUUAACUUUGGAGUGGAAUGGUGCUGUCAAUGAUUCACAAGCUGUGAGAAAUGUGCUUGAUAAUUUACAACCUCAUUCAAGCAUAAAGCAUCUCAAGAUCAUAGGGUAUGACGGGACAACAUUUCCAGAUUGGCUAGGCAACUCUUCGUUAAGCCAUUUGGAAUCGUUGAGUCUUUCUAAUUGUGAAAUUUGUUUUUCCUUGCCUGCACUUGGGCAGCUACAGUCCUUGCAAUCACUUGAAAUUGUUGGAAUGAGUUAUAUAUUUGAUUUGGUGGAGAAUUUUUAUGGAGAUGUCAGUGCAACCAAACCAUUCCCAUCUCUGAAAAAGUUGAGAAUCGAGAAGUUGCCAGAGUGGGAGAGAUGGAAAUACCAGAAGAUUUCAGGGCUAAAAAAUUUGAAAGAGUUGCCCCUACAGCUCAACCAAUUAUCCCAACUUGAGGAAUUGAGGGUUGAUGAUUGUCGGUCUCUCUCACCCUCGCACGUGAGUAGACCACUUGCUUCACUUAAAUCACUUGUGUGCACGGGACGCUGCAAUCUGGAAUUGGAGAGUUCAAGCGGGGAGGGUGGUGGGGCCUUGGAGUACUUGACAUUAGGAAAUUGUGACUCUGUCAAAGUCAAAGCCGAGUGGCUUGCAUCGUUUCCCAUGCUAAAAGAUGUUAAAAUUAAAUGCUGCAAGAGUGUUGAGAUGCUCUCAGUUGCUGCUGCACCUGCACCUGCACCUGCACCUCGGAUUGGGAAUCAGAGUGGCACGACAACUACUACUACUACUACUACUAGUGUGAUGACGUCACUUCAAUCCUUACACGUCUCCCACUGCGAUGAUCUAAUAAUUAUGUCUUUUCCAGCCCCCAGUCUAACGUGGCUUAUUAUAUCGAAUUGCAAGAAGCUCACGUCACUGCCGCAACGGAUGGAAUCCGUCCUCCCAUCUCUUCGAUCUUUGCGUCUAUUCAAUUGUCCAGAAAUUGAGUGCUUCCUGGAAGGGGGUUUGCCCUCCACCCUACAAUCCCUUUACAUCUACGAUUGCAAGAAGCUCAUGAGUCGCAGGAGAGAGUGGGAUUUGGAGAAGCUCCCCUAUCUCACGCGUUUGACCAUUAUGGGUCGCUGUGAUGAAGUAGAGUCGUUCCCAGAGAAGGAUUGGCUGUUGCCUUGCAUGCUUCAAUAUCUCUUAUUGUCCUCCCUUCAGAAUCUAAAAGUGCUAAACUAUUCGGCUCUUCGACACCUCACCUCUCUUCAAAACCGAGAACUCAGUAAUUGCCCUCGACUCCAGUCCCUACCAGAUGAGGGACUGCCCGCCUCCCUCACCCAACUACAUAUCUGGCGCUGCUCACUGCUGAAACCAAGGUUAGAAUGA